ACCGCUCCCUUAACUAUAUUCAAAGGAAAUCCCUGAAUUUCCGGGGAAAUACCAGGAGUUCAAGUAUAGUUGGCACGUGUAUAUCGGUGUGUAUUUCAAGGAACUUCCCCUGGAGAGCGAACUGAUGUAAACGUAACUAUGGAAACAAUACAAGAACAUACCCUCCGAAGAAACCAGGUACAGUUCGUUGAUGACCUUGACCCAAAAGAUGUCCUUGACGUUUUAUUAGAUGACGGAAUCCUCACAGAGAAUGACUAUGAACGUGUGAGUUCAGGUAAAUCAAGGAAAGAACGAUGUCGGAUUCUUUUAGCUUUGCUUCCAACACGUGGCCCUACGGCGUAUGGUUCGUUCCAACGAGCACUGAAGCAAAGUAUUUACCCACAUUUGGCUGAACUGAUGCAUACUGAUACAUUAAGUAAUAAUGAUCAACAGCAUCUUAACAUGACAGGUCGCGGGAGUAAGGAUGGACUGAGGCAUUCUAGCGUAUGUUCUAAAUGCGAGCCACUUUUCCCAAGUAAAUUUUCAGAUCCGGAGCUUGCAGUGACACUGAGGAAAAACUGUUGUUUACUAAUGGGAAAUAUUGAACCAAAUGAUAUAUUAGACUGGCAUUACCAGGAGUUUGUGUUGGGUAGGGAUGAAUGUGACAGAAUCAGAUCCGGAAAAACAAGAAAGGAAAGAUUUGUCUUAUUUCUGGAAGAAAUUUCGAAAUGCCAAAAUAAUAAUGUAUUAUCUGUAUUUAAGAUGUCAUUAGAAAAGAAAUAUGGUUUCAUUGUGGUAAAAUUGGACAAUAAUGCUGCAGAAACCAUUCCGACAGACGCCGUCUCUAGAUUGACGGGACCUGUUCAACACGACUCGGAAAAUAAUGGAACUGGACGCUCGACUUCAGAUUGUGCUUUAAGAGAAGAAGGUGAUUAUUUUAGUCUCCGUAUACAACAGGGAACAAAUGUCAUCGAAGAUAAAACAGGUAGCGAUAUUACAUCAACGUAUUGUCCUACAACAGUUGUAAAACACACGAAAAAUACGAUAAAACGUCAUUGUGAUUUUGAGUCCGUGUCGUCUGAUAUGGGACUGUCUCAAGCAGACUGUGCAUUUAUACCGAACCAGCAUUUGCUUCCCAUGACUGAAUCUAAUAUGCAAAAAUCCAAACGACGAACGAUUCCACAGUAUUCAACCGAUUCCGAAGACGAUUUCUUUUUUAAUCAGGUUUACCAACGGCACCACAGGACAGGUAAAAAACAUGAAGAUGGCUGGUCAGAACAUGCUCCGGACAAAAACGAAAAAAGUUCUGCAGACACAAGGAAGGUAUCUUUCUCAGUUAAUCCUGGAUCCUUAAACCCGGGAAGUCUUCCCAACAGACGACUAGAGGUAGCGUUUAACCUGCUCAGCACGAUGAUUAACCAGGGGCAAUAUGAAAAGUUUGAACAUUUUUCUAACGGAUUAAAACAAAAAUACCAUCGCAAUGCUGAUAUGAUGUGUAUAAUUGGAUAUUUGAAUGCCAGCAAAGACCUGUUCAAAACCAAUUUUGAUUCGGCGAAAAAGCAUAUCACUUCUGCAAUGGAACUGGUUCCAAAGACAAGUAAUCCUAAAUAUUUUACUCUUGAAUUAUUCACGGCAUUGACACGUAUGUAUAUUACACGGAAGAAGCUCCAAAAACUUCAAAGAGUACUCGAUGACGCAAAAAUGAUAAUUGCGUCAGAUCCGGUAGGUUGCACUGGACGAGCUGCAGGUUGGCUGUAUAUGAACGAUGCUAGGAACAUGACGGCUCUGAUUGGCAUGCUUAAUGUACACAAACCGAACUUUAUAGCUGCUUAUAAAAACCUUCACGAACAGGCAAAACGAAGUUUUCGGUUGUCUCUUACAAAUUUCCAAAGAGACGGUGGCAAAGAUGGACCUUUUGGUUUUGGUUAUGCUCUAUGUAGACUAACGAUAUUACUACUACAGUGUGGGGAUAGUGGCCUGACAAUGGACGUGCUUCAUCCAGAUUAUGACGAUAUAGAACUAGCUGGAGGCUACCUUCGUCAGUUAGAGAACUCAAACAUUCCCAUACCAAAGAUUUUAGAAGUGCAUUAUCUCCUCGCUAAAUGUGAUUACCAAUACCGUCGAGGAAAUACUGUCAGGGCUCUUGAGUAUGCUGACGCAGCACAUCGUCUCGCCACGGAGAUCAACAUGUUAGAAUUUACGGAGCAUGCUCUCAAUAGAGUCGUCUUCCUGAGAACUAGGACGCCUUUAGUUAUCCAGACAGUGGACGAAGAAGAGGCUUCGCGGAUUCUGUUUGAGGAAUCUUCUGAUAACAGUCACUAAAUGUUACUAUGUAGACGUAACUACUACCUUGAAAGGUGGAUAUGGCAAAUGAAUCUCAUUUUGAUGGAUUGCACCUCAUUUUGGCAACUGCGGGCAUACUACCGUAUACGUAGUCAAAAUGAGGUACAAUUCUUAUAUUUACAUAAAAAAAAGUUUAAAUACAGCACGAAAAAAUUACAAUUCAGAGUGUAUUGCGACGUUGGUAACAACGGCAGCUGUGGUGGUUGCUAAGAUGAAACAGUUCUAGUGAAUCUACAUGAAGACACCAGUAUUGUUAACAAAAUUAAAAUAAACAGCUCAACAUUUUUGUUUAA